GACGUAUCUUUGUUGUUGAGGGGGCGUGAGCACGCCGUCGACAGGGAACUGCUAACCGGGUACUGGGCUGGAUCUGCGAGAGCGUCCAGAGGAUGCUCGUGUUUCAGCAUGCGGUGACUGAGACUGAAACCUGAAUGCACAGCGGGUCUGGAGGCUGCCACAGCAGGGGACUAGCUUAGAUGAAGGAUGAAGAGCCCGGUGCACAGAUGCAGAGACGUAGAGCAUGCGCGUGCGCUGGGAGGGACCGGGUCAGGAACUACCUGCCUGCAGACCGAGCAGCGCAUCCCCAUCUCCAAAGAUGUCAUCACAUCCUCCUCUGCCUCCGCCAUGUGGUUCAUCAGGGACGCCUGUGGCAUCGUGUGCGCCUUCAUCACCUGGCUGCUGGUGUUCUAUGCAGAGUUCGUGGUGCUGUUUGUGAUGCUGCUGCCCUCCAAAAAUCUGACGUACAGCAUUGUGAACGGCAUCUUGUUCAACACUCUGGCUUUCCUCGCUCUCGCUUCUCACCUUAGAGCCAUGUGCACUGACCCUGGAGCGGUGCCAAAAGGAAACGCUACAAAGGAAUACAUAGAGAGCCUUCAGCUGAAACCAGGGCAGGUGGUCUACAAAUGUCCCAAAUGCUGCAGCAUCAAGCCUGACCGAGCACACCACUGCAGCGUCUGUAAACGCUGCAUAAGGAAGAUGGACCAUCACUGCCCCUGGGUCAAUAACUGUGUCGGGGAGAACAACCAGAAGUAUUUUGUGCUUUUCACAAUGUAUAUUGCACUUAUAUCUCUUCACUGUCUGGUCAUGGUGGUCUUCCAUUUCCUCAACUGCUUUGAAGAUGAUUGGACAAAGUGCAGUUCCUUCUCUCCUCCAGCUACAGUCAUCCUCCUCAUACUCCUGUGCUUUGAGGGUCUCCUCUUCCUCAUCUUUACCUCUGUGAUGUUCGGCACCCAGGUCCACUCCAUCUGCACCGACGAGACCGGCAUAGAGCAGUUGAAAAAGGAAGAGAGAAGAUGGGCUAAAAAAACUAAGUGGAUGAACAUGAGGGCGGUAUUUGGACACCCUUUCUCCUUAUUGUGGUUUAGUCCCUUCUCCACCCCUGACCACGGGAAGGCUGAGACCUACCAGUAUGUGGUGUGAGAGCGGGCCGUGUCAGAACCAAAGUGGGAGGCCCUGCUCAGCCCCACAGAGCUCAGCUAUGGCAGUCUGUUGCUCCAAACGCUGAACAUGAUUUAUCUCCCACGCUAGCCAUGGACCGCCUUCCAUCUGCUUUUUGUGUUGCCAACUAAGUGCGCUAUACGUUUAUAUUUGUGUUGCCUUUGGGUGAGUUGAGUUGCAGAGAAAAAGAAAACACUUUUUUAGUUUGUGAAUCAUGUUUGCAAACACUGUGAUAAACUUGUCAUUUUUUUCUGAGCCAUUUCUAUUUCUGUUGUUGUCAGAAGCCUUCUCCUCUCUUCAUGUUUACACUUUUAUCUGUUGAAGUUUCACGUUCAGCUAAAUUCCACACAAAGCUGUUUUCUCACUUUUAUCUUGUGCUGUCGGGCCAUGCUUAUAGUUUCAGUUUGGGGUCAUGGUCAUGAAGUAUCCACACAUGAAAUGAGUAGUCCACUCCUUUUAAAGGUUAACAUUCCCAGAUUCCGAGUGAUGUUCAGUCCAAGCUAUCAUUUACAACCAAGAGAUAUCCACUUAACGAAGACAGACGACCAAGAAUAUGAACAAUAUUUAGACUCAAAGGCUGAAACUACACUAGAGCAAAACAUUUCAGCUCUGAUCUAGGAUUGGCAGACAACGACAUCAGAGAGAGAGAGAGUCUCACUUUGCAUAAUAAAUAUCUUGAUUAAAACCAAGCGGCAACCCUCCGGUCUAAAAAUAUGAGUCAAUGCGGAAGUGUUAAAAGCUGCAGUUCAUCGAGGAUCCGCUUCAGGCUGGCUCCGGAAGUACCAGAAGUCACAUACACAUGAAUGGGAAAAGCCGAUCUUUACAGCAGAAAUAAACAUGCUUACAGCCUGGUACAAAGGAUGAGUGUAGUCUGAAUAGCUCAUUUCUCGAUGUGCUCUCACUGUGAGGGAGGUGAAUUUUUUCCUAACGCGGCAAUUUCGAAGAUAUUGAGAUUACGAGUCUUCCAAUGAGAGGCACAGCUGCCUGUGUGAACACUGCAGCUGUUGGCUAGGAGGCUCAAACCUCUUUACGUCACCCUGGCUCGACAGAAGCAAUAUGGCUGCCGCCGUCUCAAAACAGUUCUUCAGAAACAGAUGGGUGACGUCACGGAUGCUACGUCCAUAUUUUAUACAGUCUAUGAUUUAAACUAAAUAAGCAGGACAGGGACAGCUCUUCACACCCCACAUCCUUUUGAAUCAACCAAGACGUCCUGACUGAUGAAUAAAAAGGUUCCUUUGCUCAAAUUUUGUUCCCCAAAUUGAGCCCUCCCACCCUCAAACACUCAACAAACGUCAUAGAUCUGUGUAAGCGAAACAAAAAGAGUCGGUGUGGAUCAAUUAAAAUCAACACCUCAUCUUACUAGAGGAAACACCAAGCACCAGCUGUUUGUUGUUUAGAUACGUUUUUUUUUUUAAAAAUGUGUACAUUACGUGUUAAAAUAGUUCAAUUACAUCAACAUGUCUGACCGUGGAGGGAGGACAUAUCUAAUUUAAUUUAAAAUACAAUAAUAUUAAAUGAUACUGAUGCGUAGCGUUCCAAAGCCUUCCUGUCACUUUAACAACUCAACAUUAAUUUGCUCAUCCAUGCAGGUAUCCGUCACUGCCAUGCAAUCUGCACUGCACAGUUCAGAUCUUUAGUGAGUGUUUCCGUCUUAUUUCUGGUCACAGUGGUCUCCUUACACUUCAUAUAAGUCACCUUAACUUGACGAGGUCACAAAUCAAAUUUUCUUCAAGAUAUUAUAAUCCAAAUAUCAGGCCUGGACUGGUUGCAUUCAGGAAAAACAUCUGCCUAUGCAGCGGGCAACAUUUUCUCAAGAAGUGUCUUGAAAGAUGUUUUACCUACUUCAGGGAGCAUAUCGAAAGAAACUGCACGCUGCAUUGGAUGAUAUUUUUACUUGUUCCAAGCAAUUCAGGCCUUAUUUUUGUUAGAUUGUAAUAUCUUAUUUAUCUUAAAGGAGAUUUGUUUUUUGACUUGUCAGAUAAAUGUGAGUUAUAUCGAGAGUAAGGAUAUUUUUUUUAAGUUAUGUUUUUUGGGCAUUUUUUGCCUUUAAUAGAUGGGAUAGCUGAAGAGAGACAGGAAAUGUGGGGAGCAGAGAGAAGGGGAAGACAUGCGGCUGUGAUGAGGACAAUAGCCUCCGUAUAUGGGGCGUGCACUUAGACUGCUAAGCCAACAGCACCCCAGUAAGGAGACAUUUUUGCCUGGAAGUUAAACCAAUACACUCGCUACACUUUGAGCUAUUGCAGUGUGCACUCACUAGAACACCUGAGACACACACUGAAAGAACUCCGACAUACAGCAUACGCUUCAAAACAUCAUACUUUGAAAUUCUCCCUUAACUUUAACACGCAAACCAUCAUCUCUCGAUGUGCACUCUGGAUCAGAGUUCCUCCAUUCUCCUCCAUUAUACCGAAUCUAUCAGCAUGGCUUCAUGAGAACAAGAUGUGAGUAAAAAAUGUGUGUCCUCGGUGAACUGACCCUUUAAACCUCCAGAAACAUAGACUGAAUAUACAACGUGGACACAGCCCCAGGUCUGCAGAGUGAAGCCAGCGAGGACGUGCCUUAAGCCUGCGAUCUGUCUGAGGACUCAACUGGUCGACAAAAUGAGUCCAAACGUUUAGAAAUCUAAAAACAAAUCUGGCUCCAAAACCUGAGAAUGUGACAUCCAGAAAGCCAAACCUGAGGCUUAACAAAGUAUUCUUUAUGUGGAGAAGUGACGUCAUGGUGCUAGGUCCAUGUUUAUCAAUCUAUGGGCAAACUGGUCUCUUGAGUGUGUUCCUGAUGUAGACUAAAAUAACAUAAUAAGGUCCCUGUGGAUGAAGUUUCAGGGUCCUUGAUCUCUCUUGGGUAGUGUUGUAGUCAAGCCACCAAAACCCUGAGUCUGAGCCGAGUCUGAAUGCCACCGUAUUCAAGUCAGAGUUGAGUCCAGGUCAUCCAAGAAGAACUUGGAUGUGAGACAGAACAGUACCUUUAAUAUCUUCCUGACUUUACUCUGUGUGUUCUGGACAGGCGUCAAAGUUUGAGCUGUCCCCGUUGAACAUAUCAAACAUGUUGCACCGCUUUUGUGUGCAUUUAGUGUAAAAUCUGUAAAAGUAUAUACAAGAUUGUGGCACCUCUAAAGGGAUCCUGGCAAGAACUGCAGCUGAGUAAGACAAGCAUGCAAGUGAACACACCCUAUCUUGAAACUGAUAUACUAUUAGAGCUCUUCAUCCUCCGAGUCCUGAAGCAGUCAGUGCUCGAGUCUGAGUCACGAGUCCUGCAAAUCAGGACUUAUCAGACUUGAGUUCGAGUCCUUGGUUUUCACUACAACACUGCCUGUGGGAGGUUUCUGAAAAUGGAUCCUUUUCUUUUGGUGCGCUCCAUUCAAUCUCUGAGGUCGGAAAUUCUUAGAUGACCCUCGGAUACGUCACCGAGAACGCCCCCUAAAGUCGGAAGGCCUACUCUGCAACUCGGUGCCGCGUCAGUUACUCCAAGAGGGCUUCUCUCUGCAUCAACAGUAAAAAAAGCAAAACUGGCCUUUAAUAGUGUAUUUGCAGUCGCCCGUAGUAUGUUGUUAUAGCCUGUAUUUGGCUUACAAUGCUAAUAAAAACAGGAACUAAUGGCCAAACAAUUUUCAGAUCUGACGUCAUCCCCAGCUCUGGUAUCUGACCUCUGAGGUAAAUGGGACGCACCAUGAGGAUAACCUUUUUAAAUGGUGCCAAAUACAACACAUAAAGAAGCACUUUUCAGUCAUAAUUAUAGAUAUUUGAUCAGCUGUGGUUGAAGAAUAUUUUAUCAAACCCCAUUGGACAACAGAUUUUUUUUGCUUAAGAUCAAACUCUGGUUUAUUUUCUGAUCAAAUUCUGUCUCAUACAAAUGUGAUGCCCACAUCCCUUGCUUUAUUUCCCCACUUUUAAACCAGCCCAUCUCAAGAAUCUGUAUGUAACAUUGCGUGCAAUUCUUAAGCAAUAUUCUUGCAAUGAAUCCCUACUUUAAACCCAAUACCAAUUGAAAAGUGCUCCUUUUGAAGGUGUUGUAUUCGAGCAUCACAUGACUGAAGUAUCUCUGAUUUAACAGCAAACAUGGUUAAAUGACUGAGUUUAAAUGAGUGUUCACUGACUUUAAUGGUUACAAUACAUGUUGUCUAAGUGUGGAGCAUCCUCCCUGAUUCCUCUCUGAUACAUGCUCGACGUAAACAAAGCUUCUGCUUGAGGGUAGAUGUACUCUUGAGUUUGUUCCACCAAACAGAAUCAAAUUUCUUUCUUUCGUUGUCCAUCGGGUGUUUUUCUACAUCAACUCAGAGAGGAAACGGAGUGUCACUCUCAGCUUGUCUCUCUUGUCACGCUGCCUUCUUAAAGAGUUCUGAGGCUGUCAACAUCAGAACUCUAAACAUGGCCCGUGUCUCUUUUCUGAGGAAAGGUUCUGCUGCCCACACGAUCACAGAAACACUCCCUGUUUGUGUUUGGUGCUCCAACAUUUGACGGUGAAUCAGCCUCUGUGCUUUCAGCUCAAAUCGUGUUUUGCAUUUUGAUUAUAAUGACCCCUCAGCUACAUUAUUAUUCAGUUAUCUUUUAAAUGGAAUUCCUCAUAAAAGGGACUCUGGUUGGGCUUUAACAAAGAUGUAUAAAUACAGAAGUGUUGUAAAGAUGUGGAGCUUUACAGCAGGACAUUCAAAACAUUUCACAAACUUUGAUCAUUCAUGAUUUAAAAAGUUAUCUUGCACUUUGUUUCUUUUGAGAUUUCCUUCUUAUCUGAAUUGUGUAUUUUAUCCUUCCUUUCUUUGUUUACAUGAUAUUGUAUGUAUCCUGUGUUAUCUGAAUGCAUGGUGCAGGUGAAGGCAAGUGUAGUGAUGUAUGUGAAACACUGCUGGUAUGAUGGUGCCAAGUCGUUCCUGUGAGAGUGACGGAGGAGAUGAUUUGUUUUUUACUGAAAUUUUAAUUCUUUCUAAAUAUUCUGAAGAUAUUUCAGCACAUGCGCAGAGAAUAAAUACUUCUCGGUUGCGAUGCAAAGACUGUGUUUGCUUGUAAUUAUUUCCCAUGAUUGAGAAAGACGUCAGUGUCCACUCUUCCUGCAUUCAGCCCUCUCCCUUCAUUGUUCUACUUCACCCCGUCCUUGUCUUUCAUUUUUCCCCCACUCUCCCGUCUGUAACCUGCCUCUCCCAUCACCUGUUCUCUCCACACUCAUGCAUUUUGCUUUGGUUGAUAACUCACUCUGCCAAAAGCUCUCUGAAGCAGACAACUCUUAGUAGACUGUAGAAGAGGUAAGCUGCAACAAAGGUCACAUUGGAUGUCCCAUUACGCUUAACACAUCACAAGCAUGCAGACUUCAACCUGAAGGCCAGAGUGUGCUUCAUGCCUUUUGUUCUGUUCCAGAUUCAACCAAACAUAAUGAAUGAAUGAAUGAAUGAAUGAAUGAAUGAAUGAAUGAAUGAAUGAAUGAAUGAAUGAAUGAAUGAAUGAAUGAAUGAAUGAAUGAAUGAGUGAGUGAGUGAGUGAGUUCUGUGUGGAGCAGGAUGCAUGACCUGUUUGGAUCAUUUAGCUUCCUCCACUGGGGUUUAUUCUUUAUUUUUAGAGUGCAUGUGAGUCAUUUCUUACAGUGUUGGGCAUGUUUCUCAGGACAAACUGUGCAGACAAGUAUUUGAAGGAGAGAACAGAAUAUUUUAAUAGAACGCUAAUCUAAAUAUUCUUUACUUACUUACUAUCCGGACAGAAAUGUUGGCUGUUAAAGCAAACACUGUAAAAAAGGAGACCUCAAGAAACAGUGACAGUCGUCCUAGACACAGUUCCCCCUUGGUUUGUGUAACUCAGUCUACUGAAGCCUCACAUUAGACCAGACCAGCGUGGAUUAAGAUAUGUUCAGACAUAAAAGUGACACCAAUUCUUCGCAUCUCUAAAUAAAAAAUCCUCAGGUUGCAUCAUAAUCGCUCGCUGUAAAUUAAUGAAAAAAACAAUUUAACUUUUUAAAAACAGGUCCUGUAUGCACGUUCAGCCAUUAAACAAAUGGGACCAUUAGUCUUAACGUACCGUUAUAGAACAGCCCAUUUUGCCGUAGCGUUAGCCGCAUGCACGAUUGCAAAUAAUUGACCAAUAAACUAAUUUCGCCAUGAAAUCGAGGCUGGUGCAAAACGUCAUAUGUCCAGGGAACCUCUUGGAAAACCCCUAUCCAACAAAUUCAAAUUGCACAUGCCUACUACGCAUAAACAACAGUAAACAUGGCGAGUGGUACCGGUUUUGACUGAGGGAAGAUCAAGAAAAAAAUACAUUUCAGCGGAAGAAACGGAAAUUUUAUUACAAGAAUAUAGAAUAAACAAACAGCUACUAUCAGCAAGUCAAUCGUCAAAGAUAACAAACAAGGAGAAAGGGAAAGUUUGGUUUAAGACCUUGAACUGGGUGAAUGCGUGUGGUGUUUCUGAGCGCACAGUAGAAGCACCAUGACCGCCAUCCUCAAAAUAGCCUAACAGGUGGGGUAAUCCUGCCGUUAGCACCUGUAAUGGUGGGGUCUACCGCCAUUAAAUGUAAUGCUUUGUUGGGGCGUUAACCUGGCUCAUGCAUACAGCUAAUCGAUUUUUUUUCACUUUAGUAAAAACGGCCCGCUUUCAUCGUUAAUUGCUGGACGUGCAUACGGGCCCUGGUUAUUUUGGCAUUUUUUAAACCCAAACAAAAUCUGUCUCUGUUAGUUCAUGCCCAAUAAUAACAGAUGUUCCCUCCAUGAAUCUACCAUCAAUCGAUUAAAAAAAGAGACCUUUCAUCAUCACUUCCCCGCAGAAUGAGACCGUGUUUGUGAUGGUAGCUGAGUGGGUUUGAUUUUAUCAUUAAGAUGCAAAUAGAGCUGCUGGAAUAUAACGGACUCCAUGUUUACUCCUUCAGAUCUCCAAAGAGAGAGCAAGCAGUGGAUUAACGGCUUUAAAUCAAGUAACUUUAAACUAGUUAUGCCGUCACUGCUGCUCAUCAUUGCAGGGAAAAGCUUCCUAUGCACGCUCUUGUACAAGUAAAUCAAUGUAAGAGAAGCAGUGAACCUGCUGACAGCCUAGGUAUGGUGGCUGCAGACACUGAUGAGUGCUAACAUGUAAAUAACAGAAUACUGGAGCACAGAUUUCUUGGACAGCCACUUGGCGCAAUACACCACUAAGCUAUCUCUAAAACACGGACCAGGGGUUAGAGUUGUGUCAAAACAGAUGUGCAUGACUCUUAGCCCCACGUUCUGCACAUCUCAGGUCUGAUUUGUCUGAGAAACAGGCCCAAAGACCUUCAUCAUCAUCAUGUGUUGUUGCAGCUCGUCAUUACCUUUUUGUUCUCGUUGUGAUAUAAAGUGCAUGCUCUCCUGCCUGGCUCGGCCUCUUUCACCUCAGACCCUUUCGUUGUUUUCCUCAGGGGAUCGAGCGUCUGAAGGGGGAGACGGGGAAGUGGGGGAAGGUGCCGUGUCGGGAGGCCAUGCAGACGGCGUUCGGCGGCCCCUUCUCUCUGACCUGGUGCAGCCCCUUCACAGGGCUCAGCUGCAAGAAGAGCCCCACAGAGCACGUCACUGUCCCACAGGGGGAGAUCAUCGAGGAGGACGUCAUCGAGAUACCACUAGAGUAACAAGAAACUCAAGAUCAGUGAGAAACCUGGAGUUCAGAUUUUAUUUUAUUUUUAAUCUUAAGACCGUUCCAUGUGAAAGUACUGCAUCUUCUUUGCAGAGUGUCUGGGGCUGGUCUGAUGUGAGAUUCCGAGAUCAAUGAGAAAUGUAGAAAUUUUAACCGGGAUGAAAGUGGAAUUCUUCCAUUUGGACAUUUUGCACAGAUGUGGCUAUGCAACGACAUUCAGAUGGCUGCCUUCCUAAAGAAAAAACUCAAAGAAAACUUGACUUUAUUAUAGAGACGUUCCAGAGAGGACCAACGUCGUUCUGUUAGCUGUGGGAGUUCAACUACUCAGCUGAGGGAGUGUGAAAGGGAGGAAACAUCAGGCUUGAAAAUUAAAACUUUGCAGAAAAUGUAGGUAGCAAAAGUAGCUAUAACUUUGGUGCAGCAAGUUUUUAAUACCUCCGAACAGCUGGCUCUCGUGCUUCUCUUGUAUGAGGAAGUAAAACAGCUGCAGAGUGUUUCUAAUCCAUAACAAAGAUGUAGACAUGGGAUUGGAUGUAAUAUUGACAGCUGGAUUGGCUGAUUUAGCUCUUUCAGUCACUGUGAAGCCACUAUGAGUAAUUUAAUCAUAAUGGAGCUAGAUGAUACUCUGCAGUAACAGCUACACAUCCACCCGAGCAUUGCUUUCUACACAACAUACCCUGUGAACAAGUCUUCCACAUAACAGAACAAACACAAAGAUACCGAUAUAUCUGUGAUGAUGUCGGUCGUGCUCCGUGUACAGGGCUGGAAACUCUUAUUUGUAAAUAUUUCACCACACUGUAUCUCAAGCCUUCGUAAAAUUUGAGCUGUUGCAGACAGAACUUACCUUGUGCUUCCAAACCUGCAGUAUUUGCUGAAGAAUGGUUCUAAAACCAACAAAGCUGAAGGAGCCGGAGGGACUGGGAGCUCCUGUUAGAACAACCAAAGUGUCUCCAGAGUGCAGCUGAGGAGAUGAUGCAGCGUGCAGCGUGUCAGUGAGCUGUCUCAGGCUAACACCACUAACUGUAGCUCGGGUGUGACCUGAUGUCUGAGCAGUGUUUGCUUUUAACCACUUUGACGUCUCUGAUGCCUUUUUUGAGGAGAUGAAUUCACAUUGUGCCUUACUUGUGUGGGAGAAAACAUGAUGUAUGAUACUGUAUAUUCAACCACUCUUACAUUACAGUCAGGCGUCUUUGUCUGCCAUUCUCAUGUCUGUAGCUCUGAUAAUGAUGCGAUGUAGACGAUACUGACUUCAUGAGAUGUUUUUGUAAAGUCGGCGAUGGAUAAGGGCUUUAACUGUUUAAUGGGUGCUGGUUUUCAUGGGACCACUCAUGUUUUUUUAUGUUUACAAAGACUGUCAUUGUUUGUUUUUCAUUUUUAAACCCUGAAAUAAAUGCAUUCUUUCAUAAGUGUA